AUGUCACUGACCAACGGUUUGUACAACAUCAUGGCCUCCAAGAAUAGCGCGCCACCUCCAUACAAUAAAGCAGCCAAACUCGUCAUGACCGUCGAGGUCGAGACGGUUCAGCUGCGCGAUGAGGAGACUGGUGAGGUACUUCAGACGGAGAAACAUUAUCCGUACUACCCCCUGAUCGAUCGCAAGGUCGAGCACGUUGGAGGGGGAAAAGGAGGAGGUGAUGACGGUCCGCCGCUGUCGUCGUCGUCGUCGCCGUCCUCGCCGGCUCGGUCAAGGCGUUCUUCCAACGGGUCAUCCAAGGCGUCCUUCUCCUCUGCUUCGUCACGCCUAUCUCCGUCGUCGUGGUGGGGGUGGGCUGGGUCUUCUCCCAGCUCUGACUCUUCUUCUGGCGCUGGUGCUACUGAACUGAGACAGGAGGAGGUUGAUGAGCAGUAUGAGGUGUUGGACGGGAUAUUGGAAGAGGAAGAGGCUAAUGGCAUUCCUUGCCAGCGUAGCUUCUACUGUCUCCUCUACUGGUUCUGCUGCGGUAAGAAGAGGGUGAAGUUCACCUCCCGGCCUCGCGGCAAGCCGGACAAUAUGAACAUUAUAUUUCAGAUCUGCUAG